AUGGCCGUUGGCGAUAGUAGCUUAGAGCUCUCUCAUCGCAUGGAAGAUUCUGGAAGAACAAUGAAAGUCUCUGUUAUGUGGAAAGGGAACAAAUACACUCUUAAGAUCGAUUCCAAGGCAAAUCUGAAAGAUUUGGGUUAUGAAUUGCGAAAGUUAACUGGCGUUACGGCGGAGACGCUCCGUUUGAUCGUUCCUUGGUUGAAUGAAAAAGGGUCAAGAUUGAUUUCGCCUUUCUCUGAUGAACACUCGAGCUUAAGUUUGCAGGAAUCUUCCAUAGUUGAGGAUAAAACCAUCAGAAUGAUGGGAGUCUCUGAAGAAGAAGUCAAUGGAGUUUUAAAAGAUGCAAUGCCUGACAUGAGAAUACUUGGCUUUGAGGAAGAGGAGAGAAGGCUUAGGCAAAAGAAGUUUUCAAGCACUUCAAUCAAACUUCCACAGGGGCCUUACAUCUUCUGCGAUUUCCGCACUCUUCAAAUCCCGGGUUUAGUGUUAAACCCUCCUGCUUCUGAUGCUUUAAAAAGAAUGCACACGCUUGCAGCAGAUCCUGGUAUUAUCGCUGUUAUGAACAAGCAUCGUUGGAGAGUAGGAAUUAUGACAGAACUUGCCCCAGUUGGUUAUGUUGGUGUUAGUCCAAAAUGCCUUCUUGGGUUUAACAAGAACCAAGGAGAGGAGAUUUCUCUACGUCUUCGAACUGAUGAUCUUAAGGGAUUCAGAAAGUACCAGAGCAUUAAAAAGACUCUGUUGCAUGAGCUUGCUCACAUGGUAUACACGGAGCAUGAUGAACACUUUUAUGCUCUUGAUAGACAGUUGAACAAAGAAGCCGAAAGCUUAGAUUGGACUAAAUCAAGGGGCCACACUUUGAAUGGGACGAAGAUCGUGAAUGACUAUGAUGAGGAAGACCACUUCUUUGAUGAACAUGAGCAUUUUUCUCAGAGGCUUGGUGGAAAUCAAUCUGAUAAUCUGGGAAAUGCUCGUGAAUCGUCUGUUGCUGCUGCUUAUCGCCGUCUCUCCCACACGAGUGAAGACAAUGACUUCGGUGUUUCGAAACUCAGAGAAGAGCCUGAUCCUGAUGACUUGGUUGAUGUUUGUGAUGAGAAUAAACAGCCAAUUCUCCCUAAAGCUCAGUCUGAUUCUAGGAACAAGUCUGAGCCUGAUCCUGAUGACUUGGUUGAUGUUCGUGAUGAGAAUAAACAGCCAAUUAUCCCUAAAUCUCAGUGUGAUUCUAGCAAAAAGUUUGAGCCUGAUCCUGAUGAUACCGUUGAAGAUGGUACAACAGAAACCGGUCCAGGUCAUUCAUGGAUCCCAUCAAGUUCUAGAGAUGCCUCUGCACCAGAACAUCGCUCAGGAUCUACUGAAAUGGCGAGAGAUCUUGCCGACGAUGCUGCUAAAGACGAUGAUGAACUUGAUCCGGAUGAACUUGAGAAUAUGGAAAUAUCAAAUGACGGGGAUUCGAAGAUACAUCCAGGAGAGCAUAACGCGGAUGAAACAAUCACUGAGGUUGAUAAGCCUGAUCCAGAUGAUAUGGAGAUUCAGAGGAUCCAAGAUUCUGUUACCAUCAUCUCUAACCGUCUCAAGAAAGCCAUAAACGCCUUGAAAACCGGAGUUAGCGUCGGUGAAGCAACCGAUGUGCUGAUAAUGCUUCUCAAAAUAGUGAGGAACAUCAUUGAACAACCAAAUAAAAUGAAAUUCAAAAGGCUGCGUAAGGGAAAUCCUGCAAUUAAGCGCAAGAUACUCAGCUUUGCAGCUGCGGUCGAGAUCCUUUCCGUGGUUGGUUUUGUCGAAGAGAUGGUACGGGAAGGCACAGGAGCACAAGAACCAUAUUUGGUACUGAAACGUAAUGACCCGGGUCUCUUGUGGAUUGCCAAGUCCAUGAUUGAAUCACACAUCACAGGUUCCUAG